AUGAGAGUACUUCAGGGUAACUUCAAUAGGAACAGGACGGCGCACCACCUACUGACCCAGCUCUGCUCUGAGAAAAAAGCUGAUAUUGUUCUAAUCAGCGAACAGUACCCGGACAGAGCAGGAGUAGGAUGGUACGCAGUUGAAUUGGGCACUGCGGCUAUCUGGAUCCCUGAUCCCCGACUAAUACAUGUCCCGGAUCAAGAAUCCGGACGCGGUUACGUUUGGGAGAGACAUAACUUUACGACAUAUGUCAGCGUAUAUCUCACCCCAAACGACCGGAUAGACGAUUUCCAGACCAAACUAGACUAUCUGGAAGACGCGAUGCGGGAAAUGCAAGGGGAUCUUAUUGUGGAUGGAGACCUCAAUGCCAAAGCUCUCGAAUGGGGGGAGGACAGGCCGAACUCCAGAGGAAGACGAUUUAUGGAGGAGGACGAUUCCACCGAUUCAAUCAACGAACAUCUUGUGGCAAGAGUCGCAGGCUGUCAGGUGAUCGAGGAUUAUACCGGGAGCGACCAUCAGUACAUCCUAUUCGAUUUACACGAUAGGAGGCCAGCCGCGACAAGGGUAGAGCGACCCUUCCGGUGGAACAUAGCAAGAAUGGAUCGAGAGAUGCUGUCUUCAGUCAUAGAUGAAGGCUUGCGCCAUAGCGGUGACCAAGAAGUGCACGAAACGGCACAGGCGUCCUGCAUACUGGUGGACGAACGAGAUUGCAGAUCUUCGCAAGAAGUGCUUAAGACUUCGCCGUUCAGCAAAACGAGCGAAGAGACGCAAUCUCGACGCUGUUCCCUUCGCCGCAGAGUAUCAAGUGGCCAAAAAAGUUUUGAAGAGGACCAUCAACGCCAGUCAACGAUAGUGCUGGAAGGAACUGUGCCUGGAUGUCAACCAUAUCCGUGGGGAUUAGGGUAUCAGAUGAUUCGCACGGCUACGCCAGGUAGACCUGAAGGGCCGCUAUUAACAGAGGAGGAACUACUCAAGGCCGCAUCUUCUAUACGGAACGAGGAAGCUCCAGGAUCAGGCGUCCUUCCAGCUAAAGUAAUGAAAGCCGUCGCGCAGAAUCAUCCCAAGCACUUGCUAAACAUGUACAACAUGUGUCUCAGGGUGGGCAUCUUCCCCGCCCAGUGGAAAAAAGCCAGACUUGUGUUUAUAAGCAAGGGCAAGGGUCCAGCAGAUGCCGCUUCGUCAUACAGGCCUAUUUGUAUGCUCGAUACAGCUGGCAAGCUCCUGGAGAAGCUGCUUCGGCCACGGCUGCACGCAGCCUUAAGGGCAGCGGGGGAUCUUGCUGGCCGCCAGUAUGGAUUCCGAUCCGGUCUCACCACCAUCCAAGUAGUCCAGCAGGUCGUCACGGCCGCUAAAAUGACGGAGCGAGGGAACCAACUAACUCGCCCUUUGUGUCUGUUGGCCUCCUUAGACGUGAGGAAUGCCUUCAACUCCGUCUGGUGGGACUUGGCAAUGGUAACGCUCGAACGUAAUUUCAACGUCCCGGAGUACCUACUCCGAAUACUCGGGGACUAUCUGAACGAGCGCUUCCAAGAAUACAGUACUGGCGAUGGUCCAAGAAGCUUAGAGAUAUCAUCGGGGGGCAGCCCAGGGCUCCAUACUGGGACCUGA